UGAUAAAUCCUGCUUUCUUCCUGGUAGUUCCUCUUUAUAACUUGGUAAUCAUUAAUGUUACAGUACACAACAGCAACGGAGGGAAUCAAGAGGAUUCAAGCGCUGGAGAAGAGCUGAGGAGAAGCACCAAUCCUCCCGAGGUUCGUUCUACGUUACAGUGAAAUACAAAAGAAGAUGAAGAUCGUAGCAUUGCAUAUACCUCUCUGGCUUUUAACUGCACUCACUCUUACGACGCAAGAGUUGGUGAAACUAAGUGUGAGUCCCCACAUUGCUGCUGAGUGUGGCAAAGCGGUUGCCCUAAACUGCAACGUGUCCUCGUCUCGCAAUGAACUAUCAAUCAAACGUAUGCAGUGGUUGCUAAACAAAAAGUCUUUAUGCUCUGUGGACAGUGACAGAAAUAUGAGGACAGACAACGGACACGCUACUAGUGGCUUCCACUGCGAGUAUAGCCAUGGACAGUUGUCCCUCAUCUUCGAAAACAUGCAGCCAGUGGACAGCGGGGGCUCAAAUUCCUACAUGUGCAAACUACAAUCCAACCAGGGAGUGGAGCAUGCGUCUACAACAGUGGAGUUAGAAGAGUGUUGCGGGAUCGUUGAGGGAGUUCUAACCAGCGACAGUCACAUCUGCACCUUCAAACACGUCCACCCAGACGGAGACGUGCACUGGUUUCACGGCCCCCGCAACCUCUCCGACGGGACUCCACACAACACUACAAAACAAUGGGACAAAGGUGGCUGGCUGACUAUCCGCAGUCACCUGCAGAGGAAAGGUUCAGAUGGGCCCUACAGCUGUUUCUUAACAAGCACCAAAUCUGGUCGAGCCAUUGCGACAACUCUUGUUCAGAAUUCUGACGUCUUGCGCAAGAGUAGAGCCAGAGCACAGGGACCUACGACCGUGGUCUGGAAUGGAGCUGGAUCGCAGGGACCAAUUAGGACAUGUUUGUAUUUUCUAAUCUCAGUUGCUUUCACGCUGACAUAAUUGACAUGCCAAAGUAAGUCCACGCCAUUAAGUGAUAAGAUAUCAGGCUGAAGCGAUGAUUAACACGGGAGCAAUGAGGUACGGAGAUUUCUAGACUAAAUUCCAAAUCCAGGUCAAUAGCUGUUCAAAUAAAGUGGGUCAUCUUGCAUGUUCCAAGGGGAGUUACAGACUAUCAAGAGACUGAUACUGUAUUAAAUAAUUUGUUGUUUUGCUUCGGUAGAGAGUCACAGAUGAGGGAGUUGGGCUUAUUGGUACAAAUACACACAAAUUGACACAUGUGGCACACACACACACACACACACACACACACACAUACAGAAGCAUACUCUCACAUAACAAAUGUUCAAAGAGCCCUUUCUGGCUGCUCGUUCUAUUCAGCGAUAAAUCUUCUAGCCACAGUACGUGUUUAUUUCUGACAGAGUGAGAUGAAACUGUGUGUUGACAUGCGUGUCCACUAUGCGUGCACGUGGUGGCUGUUUCUGCGUGGCUGCUGUGUGAAUGCACGCUUUCUGCAAGGGCACGCCGGCAAGAAAAUCGGUCCAUCUCGAGCAGAAUGAAAAGACCUCAAAAGACAAGUAAAUUCCCCUUCAAGAACACAGAAGCCCUUGUGUGCGAAACAGCAAACAGCUUCACACAGGAUCUCGCAGUCAUGCACAAACCCUCUCUGUGUUUGGUGGAUGGAUGCUGCCCUCUGGAGGACAAGCUCUGCUCAGUAAGACAGGUGGCUGCUGUAAAACUGAUUCAGGUGGACUGCACACAUGAUGGGCAAAAUGCUCAUUAACCUCUACUGGUGUGAGGCCAUGCAUACAGCUUUGUUUUUGUUUUAUGAGAUUUCUGAUUAGCUCCAGCACACUGGAGAUGAAAGGUUUGUGGUGCUUUAGAACAAUAAAAUGUAGGGCCUGUUUUUCUGUAGAACGUAGUACCACUGAAACCUGGCUGCAGUGAGGCCUGUGGGUUAUCCAGAGUGCUGGCAACAUGCUUCUUGGAAAGUAAUAAUGUUGUUAAAUUGAUUAACUUACUUUAUUGUUCAAUGCUCUGAGUGAGAGCAUUCAGAGAUCGAUUUCUCAAAGCUGGUCAAAAGACCAAAAUGAUCUGUGGCUGCGUACCAUUAAAGAUAAGCGAGAAAACGUGUUUUUUUUCUGUGCACUCAAAGUCACAAUAGCUGUAUGCGCGCCCUGUCUCUGCCCACUAAUGUCUUUGCAGGUAUAGCUCGAAGCUGGAGGACGAAACCCAGCUCCGAGGCUAAAGCUCUGGCUUUUUAACGCCUCAGUGCACCCUCUUCACACACAUUUGAGAGCCCUUUCAAGUCAGAAUGACUCCCUGCUAAUGCCGUCACUAAAUCGGUGCCACGCAGGGGCAGCUUGAGCUUUCAGCAAGACGUGGCUGCGGCUCAGAGCUCAAUGGGUAAACAAAUACGAGGUCACCUUGACCAUUCCGGCACACAUGGAUGCAUCCAGAGGCAGGCAUGACACACACACACACACACACACACACACACACACACACACACACACAGACACACACAAGCACAUAAAGCACUCCAGAUAUGCAGAGAAUGGGAAUGUUUGUGUUGUUGUAUUUAACGUGUUUUGUGGAAGAAUCAUGUCUCAAAAGCAUCAUUUUGUAUUACGCCUGACUUAUGACAACAUGAGAUGAAUGCUUAAGUUUUUCUUUUCUUACUUUGCUUUAAAUUAAGUUUGAUUAUGACACUAAUGUGAGCGCUGCUUGUUUUUCAUUUGUUUUACUAGUAGUAAUGUCUCUUUCCUAUUGGAUGCACAACAGAGGAACUUUAAAUUAAUCACACUAACGAAUCUGCCAAAUGAAUAAAUGGAAAUGUACCAUGCAGCGUGCUAAUGCAUCAGUCUUUGGAGCUUGAAAUAAAAAAAAAACUGAA